AAGCGUUCUCAUCUGUGAAAAUCUGCAAACUAAUACCGGAAGAAAAUGCGAGUACCAGUAAUGACUUCUCUGCCGAUGUCCCGGAGGGAUGAAGUUGGGUCAACAUGCGUACUGAAAUUGUACAAUGUACGCUGUUGACAUACGCGAUCAUGAAGAUCGAAAACGGUGAACAUUGUCCAGUAGCACAAAAAAGUGUUACACUUGACAUCGACGGAAUAUUGAAGUAUUUUGUUUAUGGUCGUCACGUUUAUCCACAAGAUAAGAAUCUCGAACGUGUUCUAGAAAAAAAUGCUUAAGGACAUACUAGAAAAAUUUAAAGAAAUGAACGUCUGCAGUGGUUUAGGUGACAUUAGUAUCCAUUUUGUAGUAGUCAAUGGGACAUAUCAAGAUAACAUCGACAAGUCGAGAAGUAAAGGCUGUUCUCUACUCUCAAAGAAAAAAAGAUGCGAUUCCUGCAUGAAGUGGAGGAAAUGCAUAUUGCAACAGAAAGCACGGCUGAAAAUUCGUCCACAAAUGGCAAGCAUGCAAAAUACGGCUGUGGAUAAAAAAUUAGCUGAGUUAGACAACAUCUCAAAAUCUGAAAAACUAGUAGUUCAGGAAAUCAUCGCCGCGGCAAGGAAAAAGGAUGCCAAAGGUCGACGUUACUCCGAUGACUGGAUUAUGUUGUGCAUGCUUAUAAACAUCCAAUCUCCAAGAAAUUACGAAUUUUUGCGCAAAAACAAUAUUUUGCCAUUUCCGUGCACAAGGACAAUACGCAGUUAUUUUUCUUUAAUUAACGCGAAGUGUGGCUUCGAUGAAGAAUUUGCGAAACUCCUCGAGAAACAUUUUGCAUCGAAAACUCCACUGCAGCGUCACGGGGCUCGAUGAAAUAAACUUCAGGAAGUCUGUGGCAGUUUGUUCCAGAACUUACCUGGGUUUAACCGACU